ACACAAACCCAAACAACUCACUCACACUCAGUCACUCAUCUCCCUCUUUCUCUCUCUCGCUCCAUUUCUCUCUCUAGGGUUUUAGUUUGGGUUCAAUUGGAGUGUUCAAUCAUGGCGUCGUCGUCCUCGGAUCCCGGUCCGAAGACCGAAAGCGGCGGCGGCAGUGGCGGUGGGGGUGCAGAGCCGUCGGAGGCGGUGAUGGCGAGCGAUCAGCUAAUGGUGUACAGAGGGGUAAAGAAAUUGAAGAAAGAGAGAGGAUGUACGGCGAAAGAGCGCAUCAGCAAGAUGCCUCCGUGUGCUGCUGGAAAACGCAGCUCCAUUUACCGUGGAGUCACUCGGCAUAGGUGGACAGGUCGUUAUGAGGCUCAUCUUUGGGAUAAAAGUACCUGGAAUCAGAACCAGAAUAAGAAGGGAAAGCAAGUUUACUUGGGGGCGUAUGACGAUGAAGAGGCUGCAGCUAGAGCUUAUGAUCUUGCUGCCUUGAAAUAUUGGGGCCCUGGCACUCUCAUCAAUUUUCCUGUUACUGAUUACACAAGAGAUCUUGAAGAGAUGCAGAAUCUGUCAAGGGAGGAAUACCUUGCUUCUCUUCGGAGGAAAAGCAGUGGUUUCUCAAGAGGACUUUCUAAGUACCGUGGGCUUUCCAGUCGUUGGGAGCCGUCACUGGGUCGUAUGGGUGGAUCUGAGUACUUCAAUAGCUUACAUUAUGGUACAGGCGUUGAUCCAGCAACAGAAAGUGAACUUUUGGGAGCUUUUUGCACUGAAAGAAAGAUUGACCUAACAAGUUACAUCAAGUGGUGGGGACCCAACAGAUCUCGUCAAGCUGAAACUAGCAUGAAAUCGUCAGAAGAAACAAAACACGGUUGUGUUGGAGAUCUUGGAGCUGAACUUAAAACAUUGGAAUGGGAAAUCCAGCCUACUGAACCAUACCAGAUGCCCUGUUUGGGCAUCUCCCAUGUAAGUAAAAAGCAUAAAGGUACCAGAGUCUCAGCCAUGAGCAUCCUUUCAAGGUCAGCGGCAUAUAAGAACUUGCAAGAGAAAGCAUCACAAAAGGAGGAAAAAGAUGCAGAUAAUGAUGAGAAUGAAAACAAAAAUACCAUCCACAAGAUGGACCAUGGCAAAGCAGUCGAGAAAUCCACAAGUCGUGAUGAGGGACUUAGGUCUGCAUUAGGAAUGAGUGGUGGACCGUCUCACCAAAGAGAUGUGUUCCCAUUGGCUCCCUUCUUGUCUGCACCACUUCUGACCAGCUACAGUGCCAUCGAUCCCUUGGUAGACCCCAUUCUCUGGACGUCUCUUGCUCCUGUUCUUCCUUCUGGAAUUUCUCGUCCUACUGAGAUUACAAAGACUGAGACUAGUUCAAGUUUCGCUUUAUUUCAGCCCGAAGAAUGAUGAUGCAUUUAAUUUUGCUCUACUGGUUGGUGAAGUGCAUGCUAACAGUUGCUUGGCAACCUCUCUUCCAAAGGGUUUACCCAUGCAUUACUUUGCCACAAGAGCAGGAAAAAGGAGCAUGAACAGUUGAUGUAGCCUUGACAACUGGGCUUUUACUCGUUUCGCAGGUUUGUGCUAUGUAAGGUGUAGAAUAUAUAGAAAAGCGGAUAAAUUAUAUUUGAAAACUUUGUUGUCUGCUGAUGAGCUGAGAUCGCUGAGCGUGUGUACGUUACUUGUUCUGCAUAGUUUCAGGGUGCUGGUACUUAGUUUUGCUAAAUAAGUUCAAUACAUGGGUUCUUGAUAACAUUUUGUACAGAAAAGAUGGUUGUUUAUAGAAGUGCACAAAUAGAGUCACUGUGGUUUCAAA